UACAAGUUGACAUUUGGUAUUUUGACAACUCUGUCAAAAUUGCAAAGAUCAUUUAAAGCAAUUUUAAAUUAGUUAAGAUUAAGUUAAAAAAGGCAUAUUUUAGAUUAAUGAACCUUAAUUUUACCCAUAUUUAUACUUUAAGAAACCUUACUUAAUAAGUCUGGAUGUCCAUAAAGCACAGCCUGGUCUCGUUUCUUUUGCUAAAACCGACUUGACAAGAUGUCCAAGUCACUCAUGUUCCUGUCUCACUUAAGAAUUCUAAGGACUAAAACAAAUGUGCACACAAAUGGCAUUUACUUUAUAGCAAAUUAUUCAAAAGAUAUCACACCAAACUCAACAAAAGACGAUUAUUUACUAUCUGACUUAAAAAACGUUCAUUCAGCAUCCAAUGUAUUUAAUAUUGUAUCAAAACAUAUAACCAUUAUGAAUCAGAAACAUAUAUUACAAGCAUUUAAGACAUUAUUUGUGCUGCAAAAAAGUGGCAAAGCAAAAUUAAGUAAGAAAGAAAUAUUGCAGAAUAAUGAGUUUGAUAAUUUAUGCAGAUAUUUAAAAAAGCAUAUCAGAAAAAUUGAUGUGAAUGACGCUCUUGAAGCGCUCAAAACUCUUUCGUUCUUGGGUGUCCCCGGAGACAGUACAAUUGUUCAAACAAUUUUACAAAUGUUAAGACAUUACAUUAAUGAUCUUUCUGUGAACCAAAUCAUAUUUUUGGAAUAUGUUUUAACAAAGAUGCAAUCAACGCCAUUAAGGGACGCACUUUGUAUUGCACUGCCAAUAGUUUUUGAGGCGCAAAUGUUAUUUAGAUUAGAUAAGGAUAACAUUAAAGAAAUAAUUAGUUGCCUUUACUACAUUUCAAAAAAGAAUGUUAGUGACAAAUGUAAAAUUCAAAUAAUUACUUCUCUUAUAAAAUGUCUUGAAAGUAAUUAUGAAUUAAGCGGAGAACAAGCUAAGAGCAUCUUGUGGUCAAUAUGUUUUAUGAAAGAAGACGAAAUUUUUGAACCAGUCAUUAAAGCUACAGUACCAUUUUUGAUACGAAAUUUGCAAUGUUUAUCGUACAAUGAAAUUGAAACAACAUUGCAACUUCUACUGCAAAAAUAUUCACCCACAUUUCCCUUUUAUUAUUCUGCGAAAUUGUUUGACCAAGUAGGCGAGUAUUUAAUUGAUAAGGAUUUAGGAUUUCAAAAUGGUAUUUACUGUCUUCAUAAAUAUCUUAAAAUGGGACAUUGCUAUGAUCCUUUAAUGAAUUAUGUUAGCUCAAAAUGUGAAAACAAUCCGGACUUAAUACUAAACGGAAACCCCAAAGCAGUUUUCAUACUUUGUACAGCCAUUGCUUCUACAGAUUAUAGACCUCCGCAGUGGGAAACAUUAAAGAAACAAAUUUACAGAACAGAAUGUUUUGAAAAUUGCCUCCAAACUGACGUUCAUCUCCUUAAACUGUGCUCCACGCUUUGCAUUCUAAAUAUAUUCAAAGAAGACGUUUUUGAGCAAUGUUUGAAGGAGGAUUACAUUCAGUCCAUCAUAAAGAGAAGCAACGUGUCAGAUAUUAAACAUUUCUUGACAAUACUGCAAACAAUUUUAAUAUUUAAACCGGAGUAUGCGCAUCUUUUGCCACCGAAACAUUUUAUCGAAGAGUUUGUAAAUAAAUACGAGCCAGUUUCCGAUUUCCCAUUGGAAGCUCCACUUCAAAAAGCUCUCGGAGGAGGAACUUACGUCGCCAGCAAUAUGAAAACGAAACUGGGACACCAUAUAGAUCACGUAAUUAUUUUGAGGAAGGGUGGAUAUCCCGUGGCUUUUACCAAACAAGAAACAUUUUUGGAAAAUCUUGAGGUGUUACCAGAAAAUCAAAUAGUUUUAAUUUCAACUUUGAGGCCUUGGCAUUAUUCAAUCAAUUGUAGGAGGAUAAACGGAAUUACGUCUCAUAUGAUUAAAACAUUACAGGCCAAAGGUUACACUGUAAUCCCUGUUUGUUUGGAAGAGUGGGAGUCGCUGGCUGAUUUUGAAAAAAUUCCUUAUUUAAUGCAAGCCAUUAAAAUAAAAGUAGAAGAAUUUAAUAAAUGUUUAAAUGUACUUUAUUGAAAGUAUUAAAUCAUAAAUAGAUUUUUAUGAAUUGAAAAUGUGACUGCCUUUAAUCAAAGUCGUGUGUAACAUGCCCUAGAAUCCUGUUUAAGUCUUUAAAGCACGGUUUACCCAAAUAAAAACAGUUUAUAAAU